AUGGCUGCCAAAACAGGUAGGUUAAUUUACAUAUUUUAAUGUUUCUUUCGCAAUUAAUAUAACUCGUGUGGGGACAAAAUAUAACCUGGUCAGCGGCUUGGUCAGACAGAACUAAUUUAUGAUAAACUUAAAUAAUAACAAAGAAGUAAAAAGUAAACAAAGUGUGUUGAUAAAAUAAAGAUAUUUUAUACUAUAUACGGUGUGAAUUCUACAUUGGUGACCCCGUAUUUACUUCAUCAUUAUGACGACUCUGUCAAUAGUAUGUUAAUGUAUGCGAAAAAACUAGAACUGCACGUGACGUCAUAUCUAGGUCACGCCAUCUUUUAUAUAUUGCUUUUAACACAUGGUUUUACUGUUUACGUUGUUGUUACGAAAUGUAGAUCAUAAACUCAAAUAUCCGUGGUCCGACUGAAUGAUAUUCAAUAAUACUAACAGACUCCUUCUUCAUCAAGCAACUCGAACAAAACUCCGCCACCUACGGCCGCUACGAACGUCGUAGCUACGAACGCGGUGGCAGUUAAAAUUCCGCCAUUUUGGCCUUCCGACCCAGAGCUCUGGUUUGCACAAGUCAAAGCGCAAUUUUCGGUGAAGAAUAUGAUAUCACAAGGUACCAAAUUCGCUCAUGUCGUCGCGGCUUCAUCGACCAAAGCUGCCACUGAGGUUCGCGACCUGAUCCUUACGCCUCCUCCUACGAAUCCGUUCGACGUACUUAAAGCUACACUCACCGAGCGAGUGUCCCUUUCCAAGCGUCGAAAGAUCCAACAACUCUUACAGGCUGAAGAGUUAGGGGACCCAAAAUCAUCGCAACUGCUCCGACGCUUUCAAUAAUUACAUGGUACAUCCGGCAAAAAGCUUCUUCGUGAGCUUUUCCUACAGCGCCUGCCUUCGAAUGUCCAGAUUGAUUUGUUAUCAUAUCCAGACAAACCGUUGGCUGACUUAACUUGCUGCUGAUCCCAAGUUCGACAAGGAAGGUCUCUGUUGGUAUCACACCCCAUUUGGUACACAGGCUUCAAAAUGUCGUCAACCCUGUACCUAUACCGCGCCGGGAAACGACAAGCCCGAUCACCAGUAGAGGCGCACGUGACUUGGGCUUGCUCAAGCCACCUGUUGUAUGUGACGGACAAACAUUCAAAAACUCGGUUUCUAAUUGAUACAGGUGCCAAGGUCAGUGUUUUCCCAGCUACACAACAUGACAAGCGGUAUUGCAGAAAGGGGGUUUCUCUGACCGCGGGCUAACAAUUCGACAAUUCAUACCUAUAGCAAGCGUGAACUUUGCCUGGACCUUGGUCUUCACCGGCAGCUGAAGUGUUCUUUUCUCAUUGCAGAAGUGAACCAACCAAUUUUAGGUGCUUCCUGCGGUAUAUUCGGGUGUUGGUUGAUGUUGCCAACUCUUGUCUCGUAGAAGCAGCAACAUCAAUGAUUGUACCUGCACAGACCUCACCAUUCCGUUCCCUUUCUCUCAAUCGCAUAUCGCUAGCUAAACCCACCAAUGGGUUUGAUACCAUUUUUGCUGAGUUUCCAGUAGUCUGUAAACUCCGCAUCACCGAUCCAGCUGUUAAGCACAAUGUUCAGCACCAUAUUAUCGCGGCUGGACCGCCCACUUUUUGCGAAGGCUGGACCCCUUUCUCCUGAAAAAUCCGCAGCUGCAAAAACCGAGUUUGACCAGAUGCUGUCUUCUCACACGGUGUGCAAAUCAUCAAAUAACUGGGCAUCCCCACUUCAUAUGGUCCCAAAGUCGAACGGUGACUGGCGCCCCUGUGGUGACUAUCAAGCUCUCAAUGCAGCCACUAAACCAGACCCUGUGCCUCACGUUCAGGAUUUUUCUGCUCGCCUUGCUGGUUGUAAAAUCUUAUCCAAGAUUGACCUGGUUCGUGCAUACCACCAAAUUCCUGUUGCUCCUGAGGAUGUCUCUAAAACAGCAGUCAUUACACAAUUCUGCCUUCUUGAAUUCAAACGUAUGCCAUAUGGACUGCGCAAUGCGGCCCAGACAUUCCAACAAUUCAUGGAUGAAGUCUGCCGUGACCUGGGAUUUGUGUUUGUAUUCAUUGACGACAUCCUGGUUUUCAGCACCACACCCGAUCAACAUCGAUCAACAUUAGCGCCAGCUUUUUCAGCGACUGGAGCAUUACGGCUUAGUCAUUAAUCCUAAGAAGUGUGAGCUUGGCCGUUCACAGUUAUCAUUCGUAGGUCAUCAUGUCAGUGCCCAAGGGAUUUCCCCUCUUUCAUUCCGCAUCCAAGCUGUUGCAGAAUUUCCUCAACCUGUUGACAAGAAGAAGUUUCACAGGCUACAUCCUCUGCACAAACUAUUAUCCUCUACCAAUUUUAUUUGGUCUCCAGAAUGCGAGGAGCAUUCCAGUUCUGUAAAUCCGCCCUAGCUAGUGCAACACUGUUGGUUCAUCCGCAUUAUAAUGCACCAACCAGUAUAACAUCUGAUGCCUCAGAUCUAGCUGUGGGAGCCGUCCUUGAACAAUUUAUCUAUCAUGAGUGGCGCUCCAUCGGCUUCUUUUCUCGCAAGCUACAGCGGGCUUUUAAAAACACGUUACAGUACGUUUGACCGAGAGCUGCUAGGCGUUUACUUAGCCAUUCGUCAUUUUCGGUGGUUUAUCGAAGAUCGUGUGUUCCACGUGUACACUGAUCACAAACCAUUGACUUUUGCAAUCUCAAGUGAGUCAACCUAAUGCUCACUACGGCAAAUCCGGCAGUUGGCUUUUAUUUCUGAGUUUACCACCCACCUGCGACACGUCAAGGGUAAGAAUAACGCAGUGGCAGACGCGUCUUCCAGAAUCCAAAUCAAUGCCACCUCCUAUACCAAAAUUGACUUUCUGGCAAUGGCUCAAGCACAAGCUGAUGAUCAUGAAACCCAGUGCCUGAAAGCUGGCAUAACAAAUUUAAAGUUAGUGGAUGUUUUCCUUGAUAGCGAUGACAACCUUACACUUCUCUGUGACUCAUCUCAGGGUAAUAUUCUACCAGUAGUCCUAGAGUCUUUUUGUCGUGAGAUACUCAACCUGAUGCAUAAUUUUUCCAUCCAGGCGCUAGAUCCACCUGUAAGCGCUCGGUUUGUGUGGAACGGUCUCAAUCGUGAUGUUCGACGGUGGAUUCGAACUUGCAAUGCUUGCCAGCAAUCUAAAAUUCAUCGUCAUACUACAGCGCCGCUCCAGAAGUUCGAUAUCCCAGGUUUCACUGAGAUUUAGGUUGACAUUGUCGGCCCACUUCCGCUGUCUCGAGGGUUUACCUACCUGUUCACAUGCAUUUAUCGCUGCUCUCGGUGGAUUGAGGCUAUUCCGAUGGUCGACAUGACAGCGGAAAGCUGUGCACGUGCUCUGUUACAUGGUUGGAAAUCACGGUUUGGCCUGCCCAGGAGCAUAAUGUCGGAUUGUGGCCGGCAGUUUGAAUCCAAACUCUGGUCAUCUCUCAUUUUUCUUCUCAGGAUACAAUGCACCAGCAACGUCCUGUUCCCCCACAAAACUACGGUUUGCCUCCAUCUUAUACACCGCGUGCAUUACAACAAGCUACACAUGUUUACGUUAGGCACGAUGCAGUCAAAAGUGCGUUCCAACGACCCUACGACGGCCCAUUCCUAGUCAUCCAACGCACUGACAAGUUCUUUACGCUCAACACGAAUGGGUGCGGUGUCUCUAUCAACAGGCUCAAGCCAGCAUUCCUUGAGAAAAGGAACGACCCACCGCUCAAGCCAACCACACAUCCCAUGACACCUGUUUCUCCCGAUGCAAUUGAACCACUCUUGCCAACGGUAUUACCAACACCAUCUUUAACGACACGUUCUGGCCGUACGGUACGCUUACCAAGACGUUACCGCACUGGGGGGGGGGGCCUUGUAAGGGAAAAAAUAUAACCUGGUCAGCGGCUUGGUCAGACAGAACUAAUUUAUGAUAAACAUCAUGUUAGAACGAUAUUAGGUCUUUCGAUCGAACGAAAAAUAUUUGUAGAUAGUAAACAAAGUGUGUUGAUAAAAUAAAGAUAUUUUAUACUAUAUACAGUGUGAAUUCUACACUCGAUUUUCCGCUUAUUGUGUCUUAGUUACCUUAAUUAAAAAAAUUCAAUCUUAAAUACAUAAACCACAAGCUAUCUGAUUGAUCUAAAUUUAAUAAAACUUGGGCUGAGUAAAGAAAAAUUCGAGUAGGCAUUGAAUUAUUGAUAUUUAGGGGUUUUUGUGCCAAAAUGUUGUUUUCACCAUUCAUGGAGUGUAA